ACUCACUUGAGAGAAUCAUUAAGAUGCCUUCUAUUACAGCAACUACCUCCCUCAGGAACUAUGAUGUCUUUCUGAGUUUCAGAGGACCCGACACUCGCCGCAACAUCGUCAGCUUUCUCUACAAAGAACUUGUUCGAAAGAACAUUCGUACCUUCAAAGACGACAAGGAGCUUGAGAGUGGUCGGAUAAUUUCGCUGGAGCUCGCACGCGCCAUCGAACAGUCGAAACUUGCCGUAGUUGUGAUCUCCAAGAACUACGCAGCGUCCACUUGGUGCCUCGACGAACUCGUCAAGAUCAUGGAUUUCGUCAACAAGGGCUCCCUCACCGUGAUUCCAGUCUUCUACAAAGUGGAUCCGUGUCAUGUGAGGAGACAGAUCGGAGAAGUCGCCGUACAGUUUAAGAAGCACGAGGAGAGAGAUCACGAGAAAGUCCUCCCCUGGAGGCAAGCAUUGACCAAUCUGGCGAAUAUCUCUGGCUAUUGUUCAUGUGAAAGGGAAGAUGAAUCGAAGAUGGUCGAGGACAUUGCUGAGAGGAUAUCAAUGUUGAUUCGUACAAUGAAAACAAGAAGCAAUGAGAGUAACCUAGCGUCCACUGAUGGGCACAUGGAAUCUCUUUUAUAUUCAUUACAUCUGAACUUGAAGAAGAGGGUGAGAGUGGUCGGGAUUAGGGAAAGAGGAGGCAAUGGCAGAGAGAGAGCCUUUUUCUGCAGCUUUCGAGUCGGUUUUAUGUAGGGGAACAAAUCUUGCAAUGAAAUGGUUAGGGGAAAGUGUAAAUCGUUUUUUCAUGUAUCACUAAGUUUAGU